AUGGCAUAUAGUAAAUUAUCAAGAUGGAUUAAAGAUUUUCACCUAGUUAACGGUUUUGUGGUCAAAACAUCAAAUGAAAUGGAAUGUAGUAAGAAGCUUGCUAUUAAAUUUAUUGAAAUUCCCACAGUAAAAUUAAGAGAUGAAUCUUAUUUUGAGCUAAUGAAUCUAAUAACUAAAUUGGAGGAGAUUUUAAUAUCCAAUGAUAUUUUUCCAAAUAAAAAUAUAAGAAACUUUCCUUUUAUUAAAAAUGAUGAGUUUAGAGACAAGGAAUAUAUUCAUUUAAUAAAACCUUCUGAUGAAUUUAAUUAUGCUAUAGGAAAAGCACUCAAAAGUAUGAAACCAUUUAAUGCCUUACGAAAUGUAUUUAAUGAAUAUGGGCAUUUAUUCCCAUUAAAAAUUAUCUUGGGGAAAUCUCUUAAAAAUAUUUUAUCUACAAAUUGCUUUG